CACGGAUAUGUUAAAAUCUUAUUACCGUCAUUAACCAUUUUUGUAAAGUUCAAGGAAACCGACUACGAUAUUUUCAAAUUAUCUGAUAAAUGUCGUUACCAAUUGAUACAAAAUUUUCACUUUUCAAGUGACAUUAAUCUUAUUUAAAAGUAAACAUUAUGUCACACACUCACAUGUCAACUAUAGUUAUAUAGAAAUUAUAUUUGAAUCUAGGGGAGGUAAGUGCAAUUUUCCAAAAGUAUAUCAUAGAUGCUUGUGAUAAGGUUCUUAUAGCAAUAGACAUAAAAAGAUAAGGGCCCUUCACAACCACAAAAAAUUUCCCACAUGAACUUCCCAAAAUGAAUUAAAUUAAACACCCUCUAAACUAGUUUUCUCUUGGCUUCCUUCACAAUUUCAAGUUCCAUAACCACCUUCUAAAAAUGGCUUUCCAAAUUCACUCUUCACACCCUCAAAUCCUAUUCAAAAUCCCAUCAUUUUCCCAAAUCCCAACAAAGCUUCUACCUAUAACUAUGUCAUCCAUCUCCAUAUCAACUCUAAUCCCAGAACAAACCCCAAAACCAGAUGUAUACAAUGUCAAAUUCAAGAGUUUAGAAGCUUGCAAACUUGGUAUAUCAAGAUACCCGGAUUUUGAAUAUAAUGCUCAAGGAGGAAAGGGUAGUGGGGUGGGAAAAAAGAUGGUGGGAGUUGACUUUAAUGGCGAAACAUCGGUUGACUUUGAUGUAAAAAGUCUUUACAUUCCGCCAUUAACAAGUUUAACUACCAAGUUUCUUGGCUUGCCUUUGCCACCUUUCUUGAAAAUUGAAAUCGUUCCUGAGAUCUUUAGAGGGAUCAUCAACAUAGAAUCUGGCAAGGUUGAUCUUAAGUUCAAGGCAAAAUUCUGGUUUUCAGUUGGAAGUAUUUAUAAAGCUCCACCAUUAUUGGUGGAGACAUUGUUAACCUCUGAAGAAUCAAAAGGAAGUUUAAGGAGUGGAAAUGGAGAUCGACUUGAUGAACAAGGAAAAUGCAAGCUAGUUGGAGUUGCAACUGUUGAACAGAUUGAUGAUUUUUUAAUGAAUUCUUUUCUUGAUCUUCCUACCGAAUGUCUUGCUAUCUUAAAUGCAACCAUCAUCUUCUCUGAGGAUUAAGAACUCAAACAACACCAUAAGGAAUAUAGGAAAUUAUUAUAGGUUUAUUUUUAUAGGUUUACAACAUGAUGAGUAAAGCACAAUCUUGGUUGAUUAUAUAAAGUUUUCUUUUAUACAUUUAUGCAUCUAAAUGGAUAAAGAUCCUAUCACCUACUUUGCCUUGUUUUCAACUUGUGAUUCUACAAAUCUUGUGAAUGUUGUCAAAGAAAAAAGACGACUAAAGGAAAUGGAUGAUGAAAGUGAUGCCUUUGAAAGAAAUGAAACUUUGGAGCUAAAAGAUCUUCCAAGAAGGCACAAGAAACCUAUAAUAAUAAGAAGCUAAAGACUAUAAACAAGAAUUUGUGGUGAUUACAACAAAUUCUUUGUAUGUGGUUCCACUUCAUAUCAUUAUUUUUUGUACCAUUAAACAUAAUGUCAUCAAAUUUGAUGUAAUAUUAUGAAAAGUACAUAAAAGUCAUAGGUUUAAUCACUUAUAAUUUAUUUAUUUCACUAGAGCUAUCUUAUUUGGAAAAUAAAAAUCAUUCCGUCCAUUAUGACCCUCUAUUUGUCUGUUCAACCGGUUGCCAUUUUUUUCAUUAAACUCACCAAAUUGUAACACGUUUUCUAAUUUAACUAACAUAACAUUUUUUGUAGUUUGUUUGUUAAAGACACUUUCUUUUGUUAGAAAACAAGUGUUAAAGUAAGUGUUUUGUUUCAUUUUUAAGUUUUUUGUUUCUGUUUUUAGUUUUGUUUUUCUAAGAAUACUUCAUUUGUUCUGAUAGUAACAAUUUUUUGUAACGUGGCUGCUUUAACCUUUAAUACCAUGUCGCAUUGAGUUUUGGUGUAAUUAACUACAAACAUUUGGAAAAAUAUAUUAAAGUGGUAUUAAUUAAUUAACUAGUUAUAUUUUAAAUAUAAUACGAAUUAGUAAUUGCAAAAUGUAAUUCAUAAAGUUAAA